AUGUCUAAUGCUACCUUGAGGGUCGCCUUACUCAUCGUCUCUACGACUGCAGCCAAAGACCCUUCAACUGAUGCUUCUCAAGAUGUAUUAAGAGAGGUAUUUGAGAAAGAAGGGGAUGGGAAGUGGAGUCUAGUUGACACCAAGAUUGUCCCUGAUGUAGUCACUCAAAUUCAACGGCAGAUCACGUUAUGGUCAGAUAUUGCCGCAGAUAUCAUCAACCUCAUCCUAACUACCGGGGGCACCGGUUUUGCGGUGGCGGAUAACACUCCAGAGGCCGUAUCAGCUCUCCUCCAUAAAACUGCACCCGGAAUUGUUCACGGGAUGCUUACAGCUUCGCUUAAUGUCACUCCAUUUGCCAUGAUGUCUCGCCCUGUAGCGGGUGUCAGAAAUAAUUCCAUAAUUAUCACUCUUCCUGGUUCACCAAAAGGAGCUCGGGAAAACUUACAAGCAGUUUUGAAAACACUGCCACAUGCAUGCCUGCAAGCUGCUGGUAUGGACUCGAGGACAUUACAUGCCGGUGGGGUUAAGAAGCUCGAAGUAGAAGCUGGUUUAAGACCGGGCGGAAGUCAAUCACAUUCUCAUGAUCACUCACACGACCAUCAUAGCCAUGGACAUAGUCAUGGACACAGCCAUGGUCACGGGCAUAGUCACGGCCACGGUAAUUUAGUCAGACACACGGCACCUAGCGCAAAUCCCAUGUCCAAUGACCCUAGCCUUGGCCCUAGUCGGAGAAAUAGGGAGUCCCCAUACCCUAUGCUUUCGGUUGAUGAUGCCUUAGGAAAGAUCAAGGAACAGACGCCAGCAGCGGAAAUUGUUACCUUAAAAGUUGAUAGGUCACUUCCCGGUCACGUACUGGCUGAAGACAUCCCAGCGAGAGAGAAUGUACCUGCUUUCAGAGCGAGUAUCGUCGAUGGCUACGCUGUUGUCGUACCCAAGAAUGGAAAUAUGAAGGGCGUUUACCCUGUCGUCUCAGUAUCACAUGCUUCACCAGGCCAUGUUAAACCCCUCAAAGAAGGGGAAAUCGCCAGAAUAACAACCGGAGCACCACUACCACCCGGGGCUACCUCUGUUAUCAUGGUUGAGGAUACGAUUUUGAAGACUAUGACUGACGACGGUAAAGAAGAGAAAGAAGUAGAGAUCCUUGCUGAAGAUGUGCAGGAAGGAGAGAAUAUUCGCGAAGUUGGUAGCGAUAUCAAAGUAGGGACAACCAUCCUCAGCAAGGGCGAGCAAAUAUCAGCAGUCGGUGGAGAGAUUGGUCUCCUUGCUGCCGUUGGGGUUCCGGAGGUAAAAGUAUACCGCAAACCUGUUAUAGGGGUGUUGUCUACGGGAGAUGAGAUCGUUCAACACGAUCGCCCCGGUGAUCUACAAUUGGGAGAAGUACGCGAUACUAAUCGCAUAACAUUAAUGUGCGCCGCAAAAGAAAGUGGAUAUCAUGUCGUUGAUCUUGGUAUCGCAGCAGACAAGCCUGGUACUUUGGAAGAGACGCUGAGAGACGGUCUGCGACAAGUUGACUUCAUCAUUACAACUGGAGGCGUCUCGAUGGGCGAACUUGAUCUGUUGAAGCCGACUAUUGAGAGGUCGCUAGGUGGAACUAUUCACUUUGGUCGCGUUGCCAUGAAGCCGGGCAAACCAACGACAUUCGCUACAGUCCCCGUUAAGAACAAUGCCGGUGAACGAGUUACGAAGGUCAUAUUUUCCCUACCAGGAAACCCUGCGUCGGCUAUCGUUACGUUUCACCUUUUCGUCCUACCUUCUCUUCACCAGAUAUCGGGUAUCUCGCCAGUCGGCCUGACGAAAGUACCGGUCACCUUAUCUCACGAUUUCGCCUUAGACAAGGUGAGGCCCGAGUACCAUCGCGCCGUCGUCUCAGUCGGCAAAGAUGGGAAUCUGGUUGCCUUUAGCACUGGCGGACAACGGAGUUCGAAGGUUGGUAGCUUAAGGGGUGCUAACUCUUUGCUGUGCAUGCCUAGUGGCAAGGAACCGCUCAAGAAAGGGACGAAGGUCGAUGCUCUUAUGAUGAGUGGUAUUAGGAUUGAGCUCUAG